UGCACAGGCGGCGCAUGCGCAGUCUGCGGAGCACAGGCAGCAACGGAGAGCAAGGGGGGGGCUCCGGGGGGAAAUCGGUGCAGAGCUGUCAGUGAUCCUGAUCGCCGCGGCCGGACUCCGCCAUGAGCUUCUUCGGCUUCGGCCCGUCCGCCGAGCUGGACGUCACCCUGAGCGAUGCGGAGAGCCGCCGGCGGGUGGAGCACAAGACGGAGGACGGCAAGAAGGAGAAAUAUUUCCUCUUCUAUGACGGGGAGACCGUGUCCGGCCGGGUCACCGUCACCCUGAGGAGUCCGGGCAAGAGGCUGGAGCACCAAGGCCUGAAGAUCGAGUUCAUCGGCCAGAUCGAGCUGUACUAUGACCGAGGGAACCACCAUGAGUUUGUAUCCCUGGUGAAAGAUUUGGCUCGGCCCGGAGAACUGUCCCAGUCGCAGAGCUUCGACUUUGAAUUCACCCACGUGGAGAAACCCUACGAAUCGUACACGGGUCAGAACGUGAAACUGAGGUAUUUUUUGCGUGCCACUCUCAGCCGUCGCUUGAAUGACAUCGGGAAGGAAAUUGACAUUGUUGUCCACACAUUAAGUACCUACCCGGAGCUUAAUUCCUCCAUCAAGAUGGAAGUGGGCAUUGAGGAUUGUCUGCACAUUGAAUUUGAGUACAACAAGUCCAAAUAUCACCUCAAAGAUGUCAUCGUAGGCAAAAUCUACUUCCUGCUGGUGCGGAUCAAGAUUAAACACAUGGAGAUCGAUAUCAUUAAAAGAGAGACGACGGGCACCGGGCCCAAUGUUUACCAUGAGAACGACACCAUCGCCAAGUAUGAAAUCAUGGACGGAGCCCCCGUGAGAGGGGAAUCCAUACCCAUCCGGCUGUUCCUUGCUGGCUAUGAGCUGACGCCAACCAUGAGGGAUAUCAACAAGAAGUUUAGUGUGCGCUAUUACCUCAAUCUGGUGCUCAUAGAUGAAGAAGAAAGGCGUUACUUCAAACAGCAGGAGGUGGUGUUAUGGCGUAAAGGGGACGUUGUGAGAAAGAGCAUGUCUCACCAGGCUGCCAUUGCCUCUCAAAGAUUCGAGGGAACCCACCCCGACAACCGACCACAACUCAGUGGAGCUGCCGUAGGAGAUCUGGAGAAAGAGUGACCACUUGCUGGGAGCAGAACAGGUCUCCGCUGACUGAAUACUCAGACUGAACCUCUCCCGACACCCACCUUUACCACCUGUGCUAAACACAGACACUUGGUGGGUCAUGCUCGCAGAUGGGCGUGGCCAGCUUCACUCACCGUACCUGGCCGGCCACUCCUCCAGCUGCUACUUGAUGUUCAGUGACAUGGGGUGGGGGGGGGGGGGGACAUGCACGACCAGCCCCUUUUAACCUUUUACGUUGAUACUUUUUAUGCUCAUUGCCUUGUAACAGAUACCGACCAUCCUGCCAUUGAGGCCCAGUACAUUCUCCGACACCCAGAGGAAAAAACCAAAAGGGAUGGCCUUUGAAGAAAAUAUUCCUGCGUAUGAACAGUGACCUCCUCACCUUGUGGUUGUAUAGUCAGUGCUGACCUCAGUUACCGUUUUUUCGGUGCCAGUUUUAAACCUGCCUUUUUUUUCCAUUCCAAGCACCUGUCUCCCACGCAAUGGGGCCCUGGAGGGACCAUUGCUCUGCAUGAAUUCCCAUGAUUCCAAUAUGUUGAUACAGAUGAUGUGACUUUUAUACAAUGAAAAGGAAAUUUGGAACUCUUCAAAAAAUGUAUUUAAAUUUGUUUCUUCAAAUCACACGCAACGAACAAUGGACGGCAUUCAUAACCAAAACAUGUCCUACUCCCAAAAAAGCAAAAAGAAAAUGUGUUUCAGAGCUA